GCAUCUGUUUUUAGAGUGGAAGAAGCCAACACUGGUUCUGAAAGUGCAGAGUCCUCUUUGAAAAUUGAGUUUCUUGAUGAUUCUCAUAGCAAGGACUUGGAAGAAUCAUCAAAACUUUUGAUGGUGGAAACUGAGGCUGUGGGAAAGAAUAAGGAAGGGAAAACAGAACCACUGGAGCAGUGUGGAAGAAAUGCUGUUUCUCCUAAAGAAACCUCUCAAGAAAAACUGGUUGUCUGCAAUCAGCUGGAAGCAAAUGCAGUGCAAAAGGAGAGUAUUAAACCAAAGACUGUGGGAAGAUCACUGAGCUCCUGUGAACGACCUGAUGAUAUCUCUAACCCCACUGAACUAAUGAGCAAUAAACAUGUCCUCGAGAAAGAACAGCAAAAAACCUGUAAAGACUCCCAAGAACUGGACAGUGUCUGCAACAGUCAGAGUUUGGUCUUGCCUGUAAUCACAAAGUCUUCACCAUUACAGGUUAUAGCCAAAAGGCAGAAAUCUCUUUCUACAUGGUACUGGGGACUUGAUGGCAUCUUUGCUGGAGGAGCAAACCCUAAGCAAGCAAUGCUGGAAGCACAUUCUUCACUGUGUGCUGCCUCUAGCCCUGUGGACAGUACCAUCCCACUUUCAGGAGAUGGGCAGUGGGUUUCUGAAAGGAGCUUAAGUGAAUAUGCUGAUGACUCUCUAGUUCAAGGUGUGUUGGAAAGUCAGUUGAACAGACCUUUGAGUGGUUUCAAUGCUCAAAGUAGGACUUCUCUGCUGGAAGUGUGGAUCCCAAGCCCAGGAGUGGAGGAGGUGGCAGAUGGACAAGGUCCUGAAAACGAUUGCAGCUUCACUUCUGAAGCUGUUUCCUCCUCCUCCAGCAGCCACUCAGAGGAGAGAUGUAGAAAUAGUACAAAUGUCCAUAAAAACCUGGAGCUAAGAGACCACGACACACUUGAUAUUUUCAGGGACUGGGAUGAAAGCCAGAUGGAUGAUGAGGAAGAAAUUCUGGAGGAUAAGCGACAAGUUCUUGCACUGCCAUGA